CAACAAAACAAUUUUCUCACAAACAUAACCGAAAGAAAUGGCACACAAAGUUAUUCUGUCUCUCCUCCCUUUUCUCUUGCUCUUGCUGAUUAAUGACAAUGGAAGCUUUGCAAGAGAUAUGAACCAAGUUGAUCAGCCUUACCUUGAUGGCUGGCUAAAAAAUACUCCACUGAAGAACCAAAUACCCUCCCCUGACUCCAACCAAGUUUACCUUGAUGGAUGGUUGAAAGAUACAAGAGGCGAGAAAGCGAAAGUCAACCCUGACUCCAACCAAGUUUACCUUGAUGGAUGGUUGAAAGAUACUAGGGACGAGAAAGCCAAAGCCAACCCUGACUCCAACCAAGUUUACCUUGAUGGAUGGUUGAAAGAUACUAGAGACGAGAAAGCCAAAGCCAACCCUGACUCCAACCAAGUUUAUCUUGAUGGAUGGUUGAAAGAUAUCAGAGCCGAGAAAGUCAAAGCCAACCCUGACUCCAACCACGUUUUCCUAGAUGGAUGGUUGAAAGAUACCAAAGCAGAGAAAGUUAAAGACAACCUUGACUCCAACCAAGUUUACCUUGAUGGAUGGUUGAAAGAUACUCGGGCUAAGAAAGAAAAAGUCAACCCUAACUCCAACCAAGUUUAUCUUGAUGGAUGGCUGAAAGAUACUCGAGAUGAAAAUGCAAAAUUCAACUCUGACUCCACCCAAGUUUACCUUGAUGGAUGGUUGAAAGAUACUCGAGCCGAAAAUGCAGACUCUAACCAAGUUUACCUUGAUGGAUGGUUGAAAGAUACCCGAGCCGGAAACGCAAACUCCAACCAAGUUUACCUUGAUGGAUGGUUGAAAGAUACCCAAGCUUUGAAAGAAAAAUCGACUCUUGACUCCAACCAACUUUACCUUGAUGGAUGGUUGAAAGUUAGACAGGUUGGGAAAGAAAUAUCCUCCCCUAACUCCAACCAAGUUUACCUUGAUGGUUGGCUAAAAGAUAGCCAUGCUGAGAAUUCCAAGCAAGCUUACCUUGAUGGUUGGUUGAAAAACUCGAAUGCAAAGAACCACAUUAAAAUUGGACAAGAUUUGGUUGAAUCAAACAGAAAACAACCUUCAAAAGUUGACCAUACAGAAGCAUUCAAGGUAUUUUUUUUUGGAAUAGAAGAUCUUUAUGUAGGGAGCGUAAUGACCUUGCAAUUUCCUAUCGUUGAAUAUGCUAAUUUCUUGCCAAAAAAAGUUGCUGACGAUAUUCCGGUAUCUAAAUCACAAAUUCCAAGCCUUCUUGAUCUAUUCUCACUCACAAAAGAUUCUCCUCAAGGUGAAGACAUGAUAGGCAUAAUUAAUCAAUGUGAGUAUGAACCACAAAAAGGGGAGACCAAGGCUUGUCCUACUUCUUUAGAGUCCAUGGUUGAAUUUGUUCAUAGUGUUAUUGGCGCAGAUACAAAAUAUGACAUUCAUUCGACUAGCUAUCCCACAACAUCAGCUACACCUUUGCAAAACUACACUGUUUUGGAGAUCUCAGAGGAUAUUUAUGCUCCUAAAUGGGUAGCAUGUCACCCUAGGCCUUACCCAUACUUGCUUCACUAUUGCCACUACCUAGACAUAGGGAGUAAGAUUUUCAAGGUUCUUCUAAAGGGUGAAUAUGGAGACACAAUGGAUGCUUUGGGAAUUUGCCACCUCGACACAUCUGCUAUGAAUCCUACUCAUUUUUAUUUUGACCUACUUGGAAUGAAGCCCGGGGAAGGUCCAUUGUGCCAUUUCUUCCCUGUUAAGCACCUUCUAUGGGUGCCACGCCCACCAGUUGCCACCAAGUGAACAAAAGGAAACUACUAAUUUAUAUCUUUGUUAAUCGAUAUAUGUGUCAUUUCCAAACCUUUUAAUGUUGUUCCUAUGUUUUUAAUUUUCGUGUCCUGUAAGGUCUUGUUUGUGCACUAAGUAAGGUCUUGUUUCUAAGAACUAGAUAAUUGUGUUUUAAAAUAAACCUCAAUUUAAAGAUUGAGAUGAAGUCACUUUAGUCUAGUAUUUCAAACUUAGGUAGUUGUUUGUUAGACCUUUAAGUAAGGAGUUUAGAACAAUUGUCCUAGUAUUAGUAUUA